UGAUGGGCGGUGGCAGUUUAAAAGCGUAAACUUCCUCUGAUUCAACAAUUGUUUAAUCCUGAUGGUAUCUUACAGCUGAUCGACUCCUCUCUCCUCACUGAACAGCAGAAAUGGCUUUAAAUGGGAAAAUCGCGGUUGUGACCGGAGGAGCAUUGGGAAUAGGAAAAGCAAUGACGGAGAUACUUGUGCGAAACGGUGCCAAGGUGGCCCUCCUGGAUGUGAAUGAAACUGCAGGAAAGAGUUUAAUGGAAGACCUCAACAAACAGCACGGACAAGAGAGAGCUCUGUUCCUGAGCUGUAAUGUUGAGUCAGAGGAGCAGAUCAAAGCUGCCUUCCAGAAAGUUACAGAAACCUUCGGAGGAAUAGACAUCAUAUGCAACAAUGCCGGCAUCUUGAAUGAGAACGAAUGGGAGAAAACUGUCGCCAUAAAUCUUGCGGGUGUUAUCAGGGUAACCUACCUGGCUCUGGAGCACAUGAACAAGUUGAAGGGAGGUCGGGGAGGGGUCAUCGUCAACACAGCGUCCAUAGCAGGUCUUGGCCCUCUUCUAAGCUGUCCUGUCUAUACAGCCACCAAGCACGGAGUGGUCGGCUUCACUCGAGCCAUGGCGAUGGCCUCUACCGUUUCAGGCUACGGCAUAAGGUUCAACGCCCUUUGCCCAGGUUUCGUCCAAACUGACCUCUUUACCACCAUUUCAUCCAACCUGGGACGAUACUCCAACCUGGCUGAUGCAACCAAACAAUUAGCAGACAAGACUGGGAUUUUAAUUGCAUCUACGGUAGCCGAAUGCCUCCUUGAGCUGGUGACAGAUGAGACGAAGAACGGAGAUGCCCUCAUGCUGUUACCAAAAGGAAAGUCAUACGUGACAUUUCCCACAUUCAUCCUUUAGCUCUUCACAAUGACAAACCGCAACACCAUCAUUCAGAGCUAAGCCCCCUGAUUGAAUGAUGUUCAUUAAAACUGCAAAUAAGAAAUUUCAGCUAAAAUAAAAUUACGAGUAAUCAAUCCAUUAUAUGUAGAAAGGUUUAAGGUGUAGGCUUUUUACCUGUGUAAUUAUUUUGAUCUCCAGCAAUAUGCUUCUUUGCUCAUGUUAAUUCAUUUUGUAUGUAAUUUAAUCAUAAUUCACUGUGAAUGAUUGAUUUUGCUUUUACCUAUAAUAAAUGUACACAUGUCAAACAUGUCAACAUUUAACAAUUCAUUGGAUCAAGACAUAUUAUAUAUAAGAGUUAUCUAAGUAAGUUAUAUCUGUGUAUCAUCCAGAUAUAAUCUAUUCCUUUAUCUAAUGUCAUUAAAUGUCCUUUAUUUUAUCAGUACAUUGCAGUCUUUACACGUCUUUUGUGUAAUUUCUGUUCUUAUUUCUUAAUCACAUUUAAUUCUACACGUGAUAUCAUGUAG